CAGCAGGCUGAUAGAGGUCAAAUCAGAACACUUGUUCCAAACGCCAACUCUUUUUCCGUUAGUCUCCUCCUCUCUGUCUUUCUCUCUGUCGUUCUAACGGGCAAAGUUUUUUCGAAUAAAGUUGUCGUCUUUGUUUAGCGUUCCCUUCUUCUUCUGCUCGUGUCUAUCCUCGAUGAAGAGCUCCGGUUCGAAUCCAUUGGCCUUUUCACCGGCUAAGGAAAGAAGCGAAAUGAAAAUUGAGAUUCUCUGUAUGGAGAAUAAGCAGCCUACACCUGCUUCUGCAUCUGAAGGCAGUGUCAAUAUCUUCCUUUAUUCACCUCAACUCAAAACACCUGCCCCAGCUCAUCGGAGGACUAGUGGCCCUAUGAGGCGAGCUAAAGGUGGUUGGACUCCUCAGGAGGAUGAGACACUGAGACAAGCUGUUGACAAGUAUAAGGGGAAGAGGUGGAAGAAAAUAGCUGAAUUUUUCCCUGAAAGAACACAAGUCCAAUGCUUGCACCGGUGGCAGAAAGUUCUUAAUCCUGAGCUCAUCAAAGGAACUUGGACUCAAGAGGAGGAUGCCAUAAUCGUUGAGCUUGUAAAAAAGUAUGGACCUGCCAAAUGGUCUUUGAUCGCAAAGUCUUUACCAGGUCGUAUAGGGAAGCAAUGUAGAGAAAGAUGGCACAACCAUUUAAAUCCUGGUAUUAGAAAAGAUGCUUGGACCACAGAAGAAGAAACUGCUCUCAUAAACGCUCAGCAAAAACACGGAAACAAAUGGGCUGAGAUUGCUAAAGUCUUACCUGGAAGGACGGAUAACGCAAUUAAGAAUCACUGGAAUAGUUCGUUGAAGAAGAAAUUAGACUUCUAUUUUGCUACAUGCAACUUGCCACCAUCAGCAACCAAGCUGUCUAGUGCAACUAAGCCUUUAAAGGAUUCUGAUUCGGUUACCCAAUCUUCUUCAGUUAAUAUAGAUGCAAAUGAAGAUGGAGUAGACCAUGUAGACUCUUCUUCAGAUAUGCUUGAAGAGUCAGGUGUGAACGAGUAUGCUUGUUCUCCAGUUUCUGUUGAGUGCAAGCCUCAGUUGCCUAACCUGAGACCAAUGUCACCAAGAAUCAACUCAAACGCUUUUGUCCAAAAGAAAGAAGAAAAUGGGUUUGGAACUCCAAGGCAUGGUAACCUGUACUACAAGUCUCCACUAGACUCUUACUUUGCAUCAGAAGCGGAUCUGCGACGUAUGUAUGGAUAUGAAUGUGGUUGCAGUCCCAGUGCUGUAUCAUCAUCACCUGUUAGCUUAACGAUCACUCCACCGUGCAACAAGGACAGUGGUUUAGCUGCUGCAACAAGAAGUCCUGAAUCCUUCUUGAGAGAAGCUGCUAGAACUUUUCCAAACACACCUUCUAUCUUUAGGAAAAGGCGAAAGGUUGUCUUGGCGAAGAAAACAGAUGAUGUUGUUAAUAGUGCAGUCAAGGAAGCUGAUCAAAAUGAAAACAGUAAAGACAGUGCAGUGAUUUCUCCAGUUGGGAGAGAAGCUUUGUUGUUGCUAGAGACGGUUGAUGAUUCAAAUGAAGUACUUUCUUUCAAUGUGUCUCCGCCAUAUCGUGUAAUAGCUAAAAGAAGAGCUGUGUUCAAAUCAAGACAGCUUGAGUUCACAUCUGCAAAAGAGAAUCAGCCGGAAACAUCUGAGGAAGACAAGAGUGUGUAGAAGUCCUUUUCUUAAUGCAGAAAUCUUCUUCAUCUUGUGCAUACACAGCUGGAUAUUAUAUAUAUCAACUUAGAAAACUGCGAGUGAAAAUUUCUUAAUCUUUUUCUCUAAUAUCACUAAUCUGAGUUUGUGACAAUAAACUGAUAUUCCUUCAUUCUUGAAUACAGAGAUUAUAUGAAGAAA